CUCGUCAAACUAGCGGCCCGUAUCUGUACAUGGGAUAUAUAGUGGUAGGCUGAGAGACCUAUGUAUAUAAGUAGAGGCGGUACCCCUCUCCUCUCUUGCGUUCAUACGUUCUAUCAUCCAGUCAGCAACUAUCGUUCACCAUGAAUUCGAAGCUCCUUCUCGCUUUCGUCUUCGCAGCCGUGGCGGCAGCAGCACCACAAACAACUGCCGUCCCUACUGAUGUUCCAGCGUGCAAUUAUGCGUGCAUUGAUAUUGUGGCGUCAGUGACGUCCUGCAGCCUGACCGACGUCAAGUGUCUCUGCGCUGACCUCGAGGGCAACCGGCUCGCAUGGCAGUGUCUCCUCGGGGUGUGCACCACAGCAGACUUGGCCAAAACACUGAAGCUCAACGACGACUACUGUGCCGCCAACGGCUACGUAUACUCCGACGCGGCGAUCGCAUACAUCACCGGCAGCGCCUCCUCCGCCGCCUCGCUCCCGACCAGCAGCAGCACUGGCACGGUCACUCGAGCGACCUCCACUGGCAGUAGCGGCGGCAGCAGCGGGAUCUCCACCGGCGCAAUCGUCGGCAUCGCGAUCGGCGCGGCGGUGAUCGUAAUUGCGAUCGCAAUCGGCGCGUUCCUUGUCAUGCGACGCCGCCGCCGCCGUCCCACAGCCGUCGUCGUCGCACGUCCUCCGAACGCGAACGCACAGUACCCGUCGAAACCGGGAAUGGUCCAGCAACAGGUGCAGCAGAAUCCUAUGUACCAGGGCGCACAACAACAAAACACGCCUAUGUACCAGGGCACACAGCAACAACAAAACCCAGCACAGUUCUACACACCGACAACGUCGCCGCCACCACAGCAGCAGAAUUACACUCCUGCGCCGGUGUACGAGCUGGAUCCUGGCGCCGCAACGACAGGGUCGCACGAGGUGGCUGGCGACAGCCAGUGGCAAAAAGGGAAGAAAUAAGGGGGAUCACAAAUAACGGGAGGAAGCAAGGGGAUCAGGGGGGAAGGGGAAGGAAGUAGGAGGAGAAAUCACCACACGUAUGCAUGCAUAGG